CGUUUCUACACAGAGUCAAAUAUUUCUGCACGGAAGCUUCGAAAAGAGGUCAUCAAUGGAGUCUUCACUCUUUUCUCCAUCUUCCUCUUCUUACUCUUCUCUCUUCACUGCAAAACCUACGCGUCUUUUAUCACCAAAACCCAAAUUCACAUUCUCCAUCAGAUCCUCCAUUGAGAAACCCAAACCCAAACUCGAGACCAAUUCAUCGAAAUCCCAAUCAUGGGUCAGUCCCGAUUGGCUCACAACACUCACUCGUACCCUUUCCUCAGGAAAAAACGACGAGUCAGGUAUACCAAUCGCGAACGCGAAGCUCGACGAUGUCGCUGAUCUCCUCGGAGGUGCUCUCUUCUUACCUCUCUACAAAUGGAUGAAUGAGUACGGACCCAUUUACCGUCUCGCUGCUGGUCCUCGUAAUUUCGUAAUUGUGAGCGACCCAGCGAUAGCUAAACAUGUUUUGAGGAAUUAUCCAAAGUACGCUAAAGGCUUAGUCGCUGAAGUCUCUGAAUUUCUAUUUGGUUCGGGUUUCGCUAUCGCUGAAGGACCUCUUUGGACAGCGAGGCGUAGAGCGGUGGUUCCAUCGCUUCACAGGAGGUAUUUGUCUGUGAUUGUGGAGAGAGUAUUCUGCAAAUGUGCAGAGAGGCUUGUUGAGAAGUUGCAGCCUUAUGCAGAAGACGGAAGUGCUGUGAAUAUGGAAGCGAAGUUCUCUCAGAUGACACUUGAUGUCAUUGGGUUGUCUCUUUUUAACUACAAUUUCGAUUCUUUGACUACUGAUAGUCCUGUCAUUGAAGCUGUUUACACUGCUCUUAAAGAAGCUGAGCUUCGUUCUACUGAUCUUCUGCCAUAUUGGAAGAUCGAUGCAUUGUGUAAGAUAGUCCCGAGACAGGUGAAAGCUGAAAAGGCUGUAACUUUGAUAAGGGAAACUGUUGAAGACCUUAUUGCUAAGUGUAAAGAAAUUGUCGAAAGAGAAGGCGAAAGAAUCAAUGAUGAGGAGUAUGUAAAUGAUGCUGACCCAAGUAUCCUGCGUUUCUUGCUUGCAAGCAGAGAAGAGGUAUCAAGUGUGCAGUUACGGGAUGAUCUUCUCUCAAUGCUCGUAGCGGGUCAUGAAACCACUGGAUCUGUCCUCACUUGGACACUUUAUCUCCUAAGUAAGAACUCAUCUGCAUUAAGGAAAGCACAAGAAGAAGUAGACAGAGUGUUAGAAGGAAGAAACCCGGCUUUCGAGGAUAUAAAGGAGUUGAAGUACAUCACUCGUUGUAUAAACGAGUCAAUGCGUCUCUAUCCUCAUCCUCCUGUCUUGAUAAGAAGAGCUCAAGUUCCUGACAUUCUUCCUGGGAACUAUAAGGUCAAUACCGGACAAGACAUUAUGAUUUCAGUCUAUAACAUCCAUCGUUCUUCCGAGGUAUGGGAAAAAGCUGAGGAAUUUCUGCCUGAACGAUUCGACAUAGAUGGCGCAAUCCCUAACGAAACAAACACUGAUUUCAAAUUCAUCCCAUUCAGUGGAGGGCCUAGAAAAUGUGUAGGCGAUCAGUUUGCAUUGAUGGAGGCAAUUGUGGCACUCGCGGUGUUUCUUCAGCGGUUAAACGUUGAGCUGGUUCCUGAUCAGACCAUUAGCAUGACCACAGGAGCAACCAUACACACCACCAAUGGAUUGUAUAUGAAGGUGAGCCAAAGGUAAAAACCAGAAUUUAUGUUUUCAUGAUAAUUGAUUGGUGUGAAUGGACUUGUUUCAUAGUACUCUUGAGAAAUAACCACAAAAAAAUGAAUUAUGGAAAAUAGUUGUACCAUCGGAAAUGUGAAUUUUGAACAGUGAGAUGCUAGUACCAUUAAAGUUUGGUAAUUGUGUUAUCAUUUCAAAUCAAACUUUCAUACAGCUUGUGUUUGUUCUCCAUUUUUCAGUAAUUACGAAAAUCAAAAUUUUAUUUUUUUUUGAAUUUCUAAAUAAUAGACUAAGGUCUAAAACCAUCCCAUUCCAUAUGGACCACACGUAACAUUAACCUUAAAAACCAUAUAAAACCAUAUAAAACCAAUACUAGUGGGUUCUAUAGCGAUGUGUAGUUUCACUUUCACGUACGAGGAAGAUUAAAAAAAAUGGAGAACGAAAGCUCAGAGAGUAGAAACAGAGCUCGUCUUGCCAUUAUGGAGCUUGCUAACAUGAUUAGCGUUCCCAUGUCUCUCAAUGCCGCCGUGCGACUAGGCAUUGCCGACGCCAUUUGGAACGGCGGAGCCAAUUCUCCUCUCUCUGCCGCCGAGAUCCUCCCUCGCCUCCACCUACCAUCUCACACUACCAUUGGUGGCGACCCCGAGAAUCUUCAGCGUAUACUUCGGAUGCUCACCAGCUACGGUGUCUUCUCCGAACACCUUGUUGGAUCCAUUGAGAGGAAAUACUCUCUUACGGACGUCGGAAAAACUCUUGUAACCGACUCCGGCGGCCUCUCUUACGCUGCCUACGUCCUCCAACAUCACCAGGAGGCGUUGAUGCGAGCAUGGCCACUAGUUCACACGGCAGUGGUGGAGCCGGAGACAGAGCCGUACGUGAAAGCAAACGGCGAGGCGGCAUACGCUCAGUAUGGGAAAAGUGAGGAGAUGAAUGGUCUAAUGCAAAAGGCAAUGUCUGGCGUAUCUGUACCGUUCAUGAAAGCUAUAUUAGACGGCUACGAUGGGUUUAAAUCAGUGGAUAUUUUGGUUGACGUAGGAGGUAGUGCAGGGGAUUGUCUGCGUAUGAUCCUUCAACAAUUUCCUAACGUCCGUGAAGGGAUUAAUUUCGAUUUACCUGAAGUUGUUGCCAAAGCCCCCAAUAUUCCUGGAGUGACUCACGUGGGUGGGGAUAUGUUCCAAUCAGUUCCUAGCGCUGACGCUAUCUUCAUGAAGUGGGUGUUAACGACAUGGACGGAUGAAGAAUGCAAGCAGAUAAUGAAGAAUUGCUACAACGCGUUACCAGUUGGAGGAAAGCUGAUUGCGUGUGAGCCGGUCUUGCCUAAGGAAACCGAUGAAAGUCACCGGACUCGUGCCUUGUUAGAAGGUGACAUCUUUGUCAUGACCAUCUAUAGAACCAAAGGUAAGCAUAGAACCGAAGAAGAGUUUAUAGAGCUUGGUCUCUCCGCGGGAUUCCCUACUUUUCGACCUUUCUACAUUGAUUACUUCUACACCAUCUUAGAGUUUCAGAAGUAAUAUUCAAGCAUUUUUCUUCUCAUAUUUCUAAAAGCUUCAAAAUAAUGAAUCAAAAGACCUCUUUGUUAAUUGAGUUGAGAUAUCUAGUGAAGACAUUAAUAUUUUCAUCAAGAUGUAAUAAUCUAAAGUCUAUAUUCUAAGUGCAUCCUUAAAAGGCAUUUUCCAUAUAUAUAAGUUUCAUCUUUCG